GUGCUGCCCUUCAAUGACAGAAAAGGAAGGGGGAAAAUCACCACACCACUCCCAAAGAGGGUUUAGGGGAACUGAGUCCUGCACGCUGACAGUUUUUGUCAUAUUUACACCAUCAUACGCCCCUUCAUCAGUGGUAUGAGUGUGACUGGUGCACGGCUACAGGGAGGUGAAGUCCCGCGCUGAGGCUGUGCUGUGGGUGAAGCAGAGCCCACAGUGGGAGCGCUGGUGUGUACUGGCAGUGGUGGGAGGGUCAGACGAACCGGCACAGUACGUUACCUACUGACAGACCAGCUUCUGACUGACCGGACUGACACUCACAGAGGAGGGACUCCGCUGCAGAUCUCCCCCUGACUGUCUGGACGGUAGAAGCCGGUCAGAGAGGAGCAACACACCGCUGUAGAGCUCGGCUGUUUUCAGGUGGUGGCGAGUGACGGGGUGCGGGCUAUGAUGGAGUCGGCCCUGACAGCCAGAGACCGGGUGGGGGUCCAGGACUUUGUCCUGCUGGAGAACUACACCAGUGAGGCCGCCUUCAUAGAGAACCUACGCAAGCGCUUCAAGGAGAACCUCAUUUAUACAUACAUUGGUUCAGUGCUGGUGUCAGUCAACCCAUACAAAGACCUGGAGAUCUACACCAAGAACCACAUGGAGCGAUACCGUGGGGUCAACUUCUACGAGGUCUCGCCGCACAUCUAUGCGGUGGCAGACAACUCGUACCGUUCCAUGAGGACGGAGGGGAAGGACCAGUGCAUCCUGAUCUCAGGGGAGAGCGGUGCCGGAAAGACGGAGGCGUCCAAGAAGAUCCUGCAGUACUACGCCAUCACCUGUCCUGCCAGUGAGCAGGUGCAGACUGUCAAAGAUCGCCUGCUGCAGUCCAACCCAGUGCUGGAGGCCUUCGGCAAUGCCAAGACGUUGCGUAACGACAACUCAAGCCGCUUUGGCAAGUACAUGGACAUUCAGUUUGACUUCAAGGGUGCCCCGGUGGGGGGCCACAUCAUCAACUACCUGCUGGAGAAGUCGCGGGUGGUUCACCAGAACCACGGGGAGAGGAACUUCCACAUUUUCUAUCAGCUGAUCGAAGGAGGAGAGGAAGACCUGCUGAGACGCCUGGGGCUGGAGAGGAACCCUCUGCAGUACCAGUACCUGAUCAAAGGCAACUGUCCCAAAGUGAGCUCCAUCAACGACCGCAGUGAUUGGAAGGUGGUGAGGAAAGCCUUGACGGUGAUUGGCUUCAGCGAGGACGAGGUGGAGGAGUUGCUGAACAUAAUCGCCAGCGUGCUCCAUCUUGGCAACGUGCAGUACGGCGGUGAAGAAGGCAGCGCUUGCAUAACUUCUGAUACACAGAUAAAGUAUCUGGCCAGGUUGUUAGGAGUGAAUGGCUCAGUGCUGACAGAAGCACUCACACACAAGAAGAUAAUCGCCAAGGGAGAGGAGCUGAUGAGCCCAUUGAAUCUAGAGCAGGCGUCGUCGGCUCGGGAUGCUUUGUCCAAGGCAGUGUACGGGCGCACCUUCACGUGGCUGGUUAACAAGAUCAACGCUUCACUGGCAUACACGGAUGACUCUCACAAACAUUACUCUGUCAUUGGCCUGCUGGACAUCUAUGGCUUUGAGGUCUUCCAGCACAACAGCUUUGAGCAGUUCUGCAUCAACUACUGCAACGAGAAACUGCAGCAGCUCUUCAUCGAGCUCACCCUCAAGUCUGAGCAGGAGGAGUACGAGGCUGAAGGCAUCACGUGGGAGCCGGUGCAGUACUUCAACAACAAGAUCAUCUGUGACCUGGUGGAGGAGAAGUUCAAAGGCAUCAUCUCCAUUCUGGAUGAGGAGUGUCUGAGGCCUGGAGAUGCCAGUGAUUUCACCUUCCUGGAGAAGCUGGAGGACACCGUUGGAGGACAUCCUCACUUUGUCACUCACAAACUGGCUGAUGGAAAGACCCGGAAGGUAAUGGGCCGUGAAGAAUUCAGACUGCUACAUUAUGCUGGAGAGGUCAACUACAAUGUCAACGGAUUUUUGGACAAGAACAACGACCUGCUCUUCAGGAACUUGAAAGAGGUCAUGGUUAUGUCUGAGAACAAGAUCCUGACACAGUGCUUUGACAGAGAGGAGCUGAGUGACAAGAAACGCCCUGACACUGCAGCCACCCAGUUCAAAGCCAGUCUGGCGAAGCUCAUGGAGAUCCUCAUGUCUAAGGAGCCGUCGUACGUUCGCUGCAUCAAGCCCAAUGACUCCAAGCAAGCAGGUCGAUUUGACGAAGUGCUGAUCCGUCACCAGGUCAAGUAUCUGGGACUGAUGGAGAAUCUGAGGGUGAGGAGAGCCGGCUUUGCUUACAGACGUCGCUACGAGGUCUUCCUGCAGAGGUACAAGUCCCUGUGUCCGGACACGUGGCCUAACUGGCAAGGGAAGCUGUCAGAUGGAGUGUCCACACUGGUCAAACAUCUGGGAUACAAGCCAGAAGAGUACAAACUGGGCAGAUCCAAAAUCUUCAUCCGUUUCCCAAAGACCCUGUUUGCUACCGAGGAUGCACUGGAGACCAGGAAACAUAGUCUUGCCACCAAGCUACAGGCAGGAUGGAAAGGCUACAGCCAGAAGUCCAAAUACCAAAAACUCAGGACUUCAGCUAUUGCGGUCCAGGCGUGGUGGAGGGGGAUCCUGGCUAAGAGGAGGGCCCAGCGCAGACGGCAGGCCGCCAACACUAUACGCAGGUUUGUCAAAGGCUUCAUCUACCGCCACAAGGAGCGCUGUCCAGAGAACGAGUAUUUCCUGGAUUACGUGCGCUACUCCUUCCUCAUGAACCUGCGCAGAAACCUGCCCAAGAAUGUUCUGGACAAGAGCUGGCCGACUCCUCCAGCUGCUCUCAAAGAGGCAUCGGAGCAUUUGCGUAAGCUGUGCAUGCAGAACAUGGUGUGGAGUUACUGCAAGAAGAUCAGUCCUGAGUGGAAACAUCAGAUGGAGCAGAAGAUGAUCGCCAGUGAGCUCUUCAAGGACAAGAAGGACAACUACCCACAGAGCGUGCCCAAACUGUUUGUCAGCACGAGGCUUAAUGGUGAGGACAUCAACCCUAAGGUGCUGCAGGCUCUGGGCAGCGAGAAAAUGAAGUAUGCAGUGCCAGUCACCAAGUACGACAGGAAAGGCUAUAAACCUCGGCCCCGCCAGCUGCUGCUCACCGGUAACAGUGCCGUAAUCGCAGAGGAAGGCAAGCUCAAGCAGCGCAUCGAUUAUGGAGCCCUGAAAGGCAUCUCAGUCAGCUCUCUGAGUGACGGCCUGUUUGUCCUGCACGUGCCCAGUGACGACAACAAACAGAAGGGAGACGUGGUUCUGCAGAGCGACCAUGUGAUCGAGACCUUGACCAAGAUUGCCAUCUGUGCUGAGAAAAUCAACAACAUCAACAUCAACCAGGGCAGUAUAAAGUUUGCAGUGGGUCAGGGGAAAGAGGGGAUCAUAGACUUCACGCCCGGAUCAGAACUACUGGUGGCCAAGGCUAAGAACGGACACCUGUCUGUGACGGCUCCCAGACUGAACUCCAGAUGAUGGCCACUCUGACCACACACUCCCGACCUCUCCCAUCCUCCAAUCACACAACCGCAGACCCGCUCUGCCUAAGCCAAUCAGAUGCCAGCUGUCACUACACCAGUGGCGUGUGCUUCCAAUAAAAAAAAAAAAACAACAAAGAAAAACAAAUAAAAAUCCAGCAAGACUAAUUGAUAUAUUUAUGUUUAUAUAUAAUAUUUUUGGGAUUAAUACUGUUGCUGUUUGAAUAUUCAGAUUUUAUAUAUGAGGCCAAGGAAUAACAAAUACUUUGGUGCAUUUUUCUUGCACUAUGCUUGUUAAUUGUGCUUUAUUUGGGAACAUGACCAAGAAAACAAUGAGGGAAGAGUUGGAAUAAGAGAGAAGAAGGGGACUGUUGUUGACGAAAGUCAGUUAGCUGUUGCCUGUUGCCUCUUUUCUCCUGUUUGCUUUAUCUGCUUGAUUCAUAGACUUGAUUGGCUUCCUGGGACUACUUUUCUACCCGGGGCAGAUGGCUUGUUAUUGACGCGUAGAGAGAGGUGCUGAGAUCAAGGCCGACAGUACGUAGGACCGCUGUUGAAAGGUUCAGGCAUGGGGAAGAACAACUUUUUAAUCAUACAGUGAUGCUUUAGUGCAAACGAAACUCCUAGUGUCAGACUGUAUCUCACUACAUCUGAAUAAAUAGUUGGAUGUACUACUGAAUAUAUUUCAAGAAUAUUAAUGUGUACAGAUGUUGAAUAGAAAGGACACUGAUUGUGGGGAAAUCACUACAACACAAAAAGAUGACCUAAGUAUGUGAGACGUGGAUGAGGUAGAAGCAAAAGAAAGGUGAAGGGAAAGAAGAGAGAAAGCAGCAGUCAUUUGCCUUGACGCCACGUGCUUGUGCCUUUCUGCUUGACUAACUCAUUCAUAACAGUUCAAGAGGUCUUGAUUGAUGCGUGAAAACCAUGACACUCAAGAAUGAGUCGAGUUCAGUGUAGAUAGAAUCCCGUCAUCCUCUGACUGACUCUUGGACCAUCAGCAGCUGCAUGUACAGCUCACUGCCCUCAUUCACGACCACAAAGCCCCAGAAUCUCUCUACGUACUCGCCUACAUCUUCUCUGUUUUUCUUCUCUACACUCUAGCUUAAUCUUGUUUUCUGUAAGUCACGUGUAGAGGCCGAGUUGUACUUGUUGGAGGUUGGCCUGAUGUGAAUUUUAUCUGUCCAAGUUGGUGCUGACCGCUCUGCAUAUGUGUCUGCACAGCAAUUACGCUACAGGAGCAAUAGUUCACAUAAACACUAUUCAUGUGUAUGAUCAGAAUACGUGGACAUGACCUGCUGUGCAUGAAUGCAACAAGUUCUGCAGUCAGAAUGCCACGGAUUACAAAAGUAGUACAAUGACACCUCCAUGUCUGUAGGUGUCACAGCUGUUUGAGUUCUCGUCUACACUGUUGUAUAGUCAAAGCUUUAGACCAGUGUUAUGCUGUCCACGUCUGAGAAUGCGAAAGGUUCACGUGACGCAAAUUCAUCAUCUCCUUGAAUCCAUGCAGAACCCUGGGGUAAUAGCACACGUGUUCAGAACAUGUGGAUAGAUGUAUGUGUGGAACAGAGUCCUCGAAGCAAGUCUGCAAGGGAGUUUAGUACGGCUUCAGUAGCUUCUGUCUAGCUGCGACUACGCUUGACUAGUCUAAGACCAAUAUGAAUUCACAGCAGUUUUUUUUUCUUAAAAUAUCUCUUGGUUUUUACCACCAUAGCCCUGCGCAAGACUGAGAGUCACACUUUAAAGCUCCGUUCAGUGCAGUAGGUAGUGCUCUUCACAACUGGGUUUAGCUGAAAUGCAGGAGGAGACCAAAAGUAGUAGUUUUAGACCGAAGCUUGUAAGAGCUCUGUGUUAUAUAGAUGUUUCUUUAACGGAAAUACUUUGACAUUGUAGGGAAGGCUUUCUAGCCAAAAGUCACAUGAGAAGAUUGGUGUCACUGUCACGACUGUACGCUAAAUAUGAAGCUACACCACAGAGACAGCUAGCUUAGCUUAGCUGAAUGAGCAGGUUAGCUGUGACUAAAGAUUUUUUUAAAAACACGAAAACUACUACUUCUGUAUUUUAAACAUGUUAUCCAAAUGAAAUGUAAUCUCAAAAGUGUUUCAUGUUCCAGUGCAGUCUGUUGGAAGGCUAGCUUUUUCCUUUCACACUGAGCCUAGCUAACUGUUCUGUGGCUGUAGUCUGAUAUUGAAUUAACCCGUUUUCUCAUUUAACCCCAAUAAGAAGGGUUUUCUGGGUAGAAAAUCCACUCUUAUAGCUAAAAUAUGUCAUUUGACACUGAAAUCUUUGGUAAAUCUGUACAUAAAAGAUGGAUGUAGCCUGCUGGUCUGAGAAGUGAUUCUAUCGUGGAAAUGUACUAAUCCUGUAUUUUUCUGACCGCCAACAGGGGGCGACCCCUGAUUGCAAGAAGGAAGUUUAGUUGGAUAGAAGUUUGUUAGAAAAUCUCCACUUAGUUUAUUCCCUUAGUAAACAUUAUCUGAAUGAGUUUAUGGUGUGAAUUUAUUUCAUGGUUGCUACAGCCAUCUUUUACAUACGUUUCAUAGCAAAGUGGCUCUAGUUGUGGUGUCAGGCCUCCUACAGACCAGUCCUACUUUAAACCUCUCUCUCUCUAAUCUUAACUCUGAUUGAAGCCUGCAGGUGAGACCAAAGACAGGCGGAGAAAAAGUUGUUACCAAAACCUUUUGAGAGGAGCUCCAAAAUGUUUCCAAGUUGUUGUUUCUCUUCCUGUUUGCCCGACUUCACUCAGUGGCAGAACUUUUUCUCUGCAUGGCUCUGGGUGGCGAGGCAGGACUGUGCUGCUGCACUUACUAGCCAAAGACCCUGUUGAUUUUCUAGUGAUUGUGUUGUAUGAUUAAUAUGAUAUUACUGUGUCAAUGUUUAUUUUGCAGGAGGGAGAUGUAUUUGUACAGUUUGUGUUCUGUGUUAUAAAGUGAGAGUUUCAAGCCAAGCGAGGUUUGAUGAUGUGAAACAUUUGGGGAGAAAAAGCUUUUAGUGUCGUUUGUUAACGCAAACUUGUUCAUGUGCCUUUGUUGGAUAGCAAUACAACUGUGUGGGGAGAGAAAUACCUCUUUGACUGUCAGUGUGUCUAAAGGUUUGCCCUCUCUGUGCAUAAGCUUUAUUCAAACCAAGUCCCAUGUCUGUCUGUUGAUUUACAGAUGCACUCCUCUUAUCAGUCUUGACUUACUGUAUGCACCAAACCUAUGUAUAAUUAAAACACACUAAAAACAAGAUACUUAAGAUUUGAAAAAUAAAUUUGAAAAAUAAAUACAAA